AUCGAUCGUGGACCAGUGGGAUGCUGGCCGCCCCAACGUUUCGCCGAUCGCGCGCCACCGUUCAGCACGCUAAGUGUUUUGUUAUCCUGCCUUCUCGGCUUUUUUUACACCUCUUACCUAAAACUACCGCUAAGAUACAUGUGCCAAAGGGUGAGAGCCUACCGUAGAGAGUGCUCGCGAGUGUCCUACUUUUGCACGCAUUUGUAAACAGCGCCGAAAAUGCGGACAACCGUGCUCACAGUUUUGCUCAAUGUCGUCAGUAUCGUUUACGGAAACAGAGUUGUUUUCGAAGCGAAUCCUGAUACGAAGAGACUCUACGACGAUUUACUGUCCAAUUAUAAUAGAUUGAUACGUCCUGUGAUUAAUAAUACUGAGACUCUAACGGUUUGGCUGGGAUUAAAGCUGUCGCAAUUAAUAGAAAUGAAUCUAAAGAACCAAGUGAUGACGACCAACGUCUGGGUAGAGCAGAAAUGGUUUGACUAUAAAUUACAGUGGGAUCCACAAGAGUAUGGUGGUAUAGAUAUGUUAUACGUGCCUUCCGAGAACAUAUGGCUUCCGGAUAUCGUUCUAUACAACAAUGCAGAUGGAAAUUAUGAAGUAACGUUAAUGACGAAGGCCACUUUGAAAUACACUGGUGAAGUAUUCUGGAAACCACCGGCCAUUUAUAAGUCGUCCUGUGAGAUCAACGUGGAAUAUUUCCCGUUCGAUGAGCAAUCGUGUAUUAUGAAAUUCGGCUCGUGGACUUACAAUGGCGCUCAGGUAGAUCUGAAGCACAUGAAGCAGGAGCCUGGUAGCAAUAUUGUUGCGAUCGGCAUAGACCUCACCGAUUUUUAUCUAUCCGUGGAAUGGGAUAUCCUGGAAGUACCAGCAGCACGCAACGAAGAAUAUUAUCCAUGCUGUGAGGAACCUUAUUCAGAUAUCACAUUCAAUAUUACAAUGAGAAGAAAAACUCUAUUUUAUACUGUUAAUCUUAUCAUCCCCUGCGUUGGCAUCACAUUUUUAACGGUGCUGGUUUUUUAUCUACCCAGUGAUUCCGGUGAAAAAGUAUCAUUAUGCUCUUCCAUCCUUCUCUCAUUGACGGUGUUCUUCUUGCUCUUAGCCGAGAUUAUUCCGCCAACGUCAUUAGCUGUACCUUUGCUUGGAAAAUAUCUGUUGUUCACCAUGAUUUUAGUUACCCUGUCUAUUUGGAUCACCGUCUGCGUCUUAAACGUACACUUCCGAUCUCCUUCCACGCAUAAUAUGUCGCCAUGGGUAAGACAUAUGUUUCUGAAUUGGAUGCCGAGAGUAUUGAUGAUGCGUCGCACGCCGUAUUCUACACCAGAAUACGAUGACGCUUAUAUGGAUAGUGCAUACACAAAUGAAAUAGAUUACAGUGUAAGUGAUUAUCCUUUGGAACUGAAAGGAAGCCCCGACGCGUUCGAAAGUGUUACUUCAACAUAUAAAAGUAUUAGAGAUGACGAUGCACGACACGUACCGCAUGCAUCAGUUACUGACAGCGAAAACAUUAUGCCAAAACAUUUAUCCCCAGAUGUCAUAUCAGCUCUCAAAGGUGUACGUUUCAUUGCUCAACAUAUAAAAGAUGCAGAUAAAGAUAAUGAGGUCAUAGAAGAUUGGAAAUUCGUAGCUAUGGUUUUAGACAGAUUCUUUCUUUGGGUAUUUACAUUUGCGUGCAUCGGUGGCACGCUAAGCAUAAUAUGUCAAGCACCUAGUCUGUACGACACGCGAGAACCUGUGGACGAAAAACAUACUAGUAUAUCAAUACGCAAUUAUAUGUAUCCACCACCGGGACACAAUGGGAGUUUGAUGAAUGAGGAUUAACUAUCAUGGCACGUAUAAAGUAAUUCGCGUGUAAAGAGCAAUGGUGUGUUAUGUCGUACGUACUCCAUUAAACACGUUCGA